CCACAUUUUGUGUUGCAGUUCUUCAGAUUAAUACAUAUAUUUAUAUACUUUUAAAAGUUGCCUGUGUGUUGUUUUAGGGUAUAACCCAAUUUCAUUCCAAAUUUCUUCCAAAUCAGUCCAGCUGUUUCAGCAUGAGGGAAUAACAAACAUACUCACACAAAAACUUUAGCAUUUAUGAUAUAUGUGGGAUAAAUAACAUAUUCUUAUUUUAUAGACCACAAGUUGAAUGUUUCCCUAGUAGCUGGAAAUCUUAGUGUUACUGCUGUCUAUGUUAGAAAGUAAACACAAGUUAUACACUGGAAGUUUUCGUUAUUAUGCAGUUUUAUAUAAAACAUUACAUAACAAUCUCUUGGUUUUUGAAGUGCUCAUGUUUGUACCUUACUGGUAAAUAUAUCUUUCCCAAUGGCAGUGAAUAGCUUCAAAAAGAAAAUCUGUUCCAUUCAAAUGAAAUUAUGAAACGAAUGUCAUUCUUGAAAGCUGUGAAGAAGAAAUCGAUACAAAAACAGUCAUUAGUGAAACAACACUGCUCUGAUGGUGAAGAAAUUAUUUCUUUUUACAGCAUUUUUGGUCCUAAGUAGUGUGUUGCUAUGGUCACAGUUAUUUGUGAAGCAAGACUCAUUUGUGCUUGACCAGAAGAAUGUUAUUACAGAGGUGACUGCCUACAAUAUGACAAAGGAAGAAAAUGAUAGUGGUCAGAAGGAUGAAUAUUACACAUUUAUUUUUACUCCGUGGCUAGGACAGAGAGAUGCCUCGCAAAAAUACCAAGUUCAUACAUUUGCUAUGAUUGCAAGUAAUUGGCAAAAUAUGACAGGGCAACCUCUCUGCCUUGCAACACAGACAUCCGUGGAACAUUUACAUUGGCUUGCUGAUGUAGUUACCCACUGGUGUGGUCCCAUAUCUGUGAGCAUAUUUGCCCCUGACUUAGAUUACCAGAUAGCAGAAGCAUACAUUUCCUAUUUAAGAAAAUGUUUCUCAGAUAUUAACAGCCAGGUCAGCCUCCACAUCAUAUAUCCAAUAGAUUUUCCACCUAUCAAUUCAUCAGAUUUUAAUGAAGGGCUUAGAAAACUUAUUCCAAAAACUUGCAGUUUUAAUCAUCACCAAGUACUUGACAAAAUGCUACAGAAGCGACCUCAGAAUAUGUUUUUAUGGCGUGAAAAGCUGCCAUACCCUCAAAAUAUAUUGCGAAAUAUUGCUAGAAAAACUUGUCCAAACCAGUAUUUUGUGUGCCCUGAUAUAGAUAUGAUACCAACAUCAAAAGUUGUAUGUGAUAAACUGAACAAGUUUCUUGAAAAUCCACAACAAAAAAGUUGUCUCAAAUGUGCUUAUGUAAUUCCUGUAUAUGAGAUAUCUUCAAAUGUUACAAGAAUUCCCUAUAACAAAACAGAAUUGACUAAGAUGGUAAAACAAAGAAAUGCAAGAGUCUUCCACUCAAAUGUCUUCUGGCGAAACCAGUGGUUAUCGAACUUAUCUUACUGGGAAAAUCAAAAGGAAAGUUCAAAAAUGUCAGUAUCAUAUGAUGCUGGUAAAUAUUCCUUUUGGUAUGAACCUAUUUAUGUUGCACAAACAUCAGCACCUCUCUAUGAUGAAAGAUUUAUAGGUUAUGGCCUUACAAGAAAUACACAGAUUUAUGAAAUGUAUUUGGAUGGAUGGAGUUUUAAGAUUUUAAAUAACAUCUUUUUAGUACAUUGGGGAUUCCAAAAUCGGAGCAGUCAGAGUGCAUUGAGAAAGAAACAAGCAUUCGAUAAUUUUGCUGUUUUCAAGGACUUCCUUAGAGAAAAGUCAGUGAAAUAUGACAAGGAUCCAUUGAACCUAUUGCAGAUGUACGAGAAAAUGAAUGUAAGAAUAAAACUACAAAAUCUGAAUGUAACAGAAUCUGAAAAUAUUAUUCUUACUUAAAUUUCUGGUCAUAUUUAGUAACUUUCUGUGGCAAAAUAAUUUAUCUUAAUAAUAAACUGUGAUAAUUUACAUUA